AUGUAUCCUUAUCUGAACGCGGUGUCAAUCUCCGGUAUCAUCGAUUCCACUGAUAAGUCACGUUGUGCAAAUCGCCUCUGCUGUUUCAACCAACCCAUUCCUUAUUAUUGUCAGUUAUUGCAUAAACUUCUGUCGGAGAAGAUGAAACUGUGGUUGCCUGCCUUCGGUUGCCUGCUUCUAGCAGUAGUUGGAGUGAACUGUAUUGCGUUUACUGAGUUUCAACUGUACGUGAUCACACCGGAGACACGCGACCAGUUGGAUAAAGUACGUCAGCUCGAGCAGGAUGGAAGCUACGAUUUCUGGGAUAUUCCACGCUUGAACGCAAAGGUUCGAGUGAUGGUUAGCAAUGACGCAGAGAUCAAGUUUGAGCAAUUUUUGGAACAACACGAUAUAGAAUUCGACUCGGUGAUUGGGAAUGUUCAACAAAUUCUGGACAAGGAAAAACGGACCAACGAGGACUUCUACAAACGAUCGAAACGCAGUGCUGCCUCUUCAGAGGAAGCUGUCGACUUCAAUCACUUCUGGACACUGGAUGAGAUUUACUCAUACGUCGAUGGGCUGGCCGCAAGCAAUCCAUCCGUUAGGUCGUUCGAAAUUGGUACAACUCCUGAGGGCAGACCUAUCAAAGCGUUGACGAUAUCCAAGACGGGUGAGGUGACCAAAACGCGCCCAGUUGUAUUCAUGGACGCUGGCAUUCAUGCUCGCGAAUGGGCUGGUGUAAUGUCUGUUAUGUAUAUGAUUGAACAGUUUACCAGUCAUCCGGACCUGUACGCAGAGCAGUUGGAUAACACCGACUACGUUAUCAUUCCUGUGCUGAACCCGGAUGGAUAUGUUUAUACGCAUGACGUGAACCGGCUGUGGAGGAAAAACCGUGUACAGAAUAACAUCUUGUGCGCUGGAGUUGACCUCAAUCGUAAUUUCCCAUUCAAGUGGGCUUUUACCAGUAAUGCUUGUACCAAUACUUUUGCUGGUAUGGAAGCCGCGACGGAAUCGGAGACACAAGCCAUGAUGUCUUUGAUGGACCAGUACAAAUCAGCGAUGACGAUCUAUAUUGCUGUACAUACGCACGGUGAAAUGAUUCUCUGGCCGUGGGGCUAUGGUUUUAUUCAUUGCGAUAAUUGGGAAGAGCAUGAAGAUUUGGGAAUAACUGCUCAAAAGGCAAUAGAAUCAGUAGGAGGCAACAAAUGGAUAGUUGGAAACUCGGCUGAUGUUCUGUACAGGGCUUCCGGUGCCACGGAUGAUUACGCUUUCAGCAAUGGCGCCAGGUUGGCAUACACGAUUGAGCUUUCUGGAGGUGGAGUGGAAGGAUUCGACCCUCCGGCUUCUGAUCUAGGAAAGAUCACAACGGAAACGAUGGAAAUUUAUAAAACUUUCGGAAAGCAUGCAGGAACUUUACCAUUGCCGACCCCAGGUGUCUAGGUAGAAUUAGAAAAUAAAAUCAGACAACAAAAUAAAAUUUGCAAUCACUUGAA